AUGCUCCUAAAAUCUCUAGUUCAAAACAUUUUGAAAAGCGGAUUGGAGUGGGACCAAGACCUACCCUUAGAUAUGGAAAGUCAAUGGCGCGAUAUAUGUAAACAAUUCGGUGAACUUAAUGAUUUGAAAAUACCGCGUUAUUAUUUUUUCGAAGCCGGUAACAAAGUAAUUAUAAGUUCACAGUUACAUAUCUUCUCUGACGCCAGCUUAAAGGGUUAUGGUACAGUUGCAUUUAUCAGAUCAGAAACUAGUGAUGGGCAUAUUUCUACAUGUUUUGUUUCAGCUAAAAGUAGAAUUGCGUCCCUCAAAAUGAUUACAUUACCAAGACUUGAGCUACUAGGUGCCCUCCUCUCUGCUAGAUUAUUUCGAACUAUUACUAGAGCCAUAAAAAUUCCGUGUGACAGUUUCUUUUGGUGCGAUUCCUCUAUUGUGUGUUGUUGGAUAAAAACUCCUGCCAUUCGUUUUAAACAAUUUGUGCGUAACCGAUUGGAAGAAAUUCAAGAGAUUACUCAACCUAAGGACUGGUUCCACUGCCCCGGAAUUGACAAUCCUGCCGAUCUUAUUAGUAGAGGUGCUUCCAUGAGUAUAUUAAAGAAUUCCGACAUUUGGUGGAAGGGGCCAUCUUGGUUGUCCCUUCCGACCGAAAUGUGGCCAGAAUUCAAAGAAAAUGAUGAACAAAUUGAGUAUUGUAAAAAAGAAGUCACCGUUAUGAAAUGUGUAGAUUGGGAAGAACUUGAGUUGAUAAAUAUCGCUAACUUUAGCAGCCUCGAAAAAGUUGUUAGAAUCAUGGCGUGUGUAAAGCGAUAUUUGAACUGUUUAAAGAAAGUUAAGCCGAAUAUGGACACUUUGACUGCAGAAGAGCUUCGAAAUGCUGAAGAUAUUCUAGUAAAGCUUACUCAAGCAAAAUUCUUUGAAAGUGAGAUACGAGCUCUCCAAUCUAGUUUGUCUAUUCCAGCUUCUUCUACUAUUUUCAAUUUAGCUCCUUAUCUUAAUGAAAAAGGUAUCCUGAGAAUCACAGGAAGAUUGGAUGAAGGAGAUUAUUCUUUUGAUGAGAAAAAGCCUAUAAUCAUACCAAAACAGUCUAAAUUUGCAGAGUUGCUUGUCAAGCGAGAACACGAAAAUGUAUUUCAUUCUGGAGUAGAAAGCACUCUAGUACAAAUUCGGAGAAGAUUUUGGGUACCUAAAAGAAGACAAUUAGUGAAAAAGGUUGUCUCGAAAUGUUUCAUUUGUCGCAGAUACACAGCCAAACCUUCUGCCCAAAUGACUGGACUGCUUCCAAAAGAUCGAAUUAGUGAAACUCCUACUUUUACUGUAUGCGGAAUUGAUUUUGAAUAA